AUGUUUUCAAGACUUGCACUGAGGAAGUUUUCGAUUCACGUUAAGACCACUCAUAAGGUGAACCCAUUCGUUUACAUGGAUAUAUCUAUUGAUAACCAGCACCAAGGAAGGAUUACUUAUGAGCUGUUCAACAAGCAUGUCCCAAGAACUUCCAAAAAUUUCUUGGAGCUUUGAAGAGGAGACAAGGAAAAGUUGACUUACAAGAACUCUCCAUUCCAUCGUAUAAUCCCAGGUCUUUUGAUCCAAGGAGGAGAUAUUGUCAACUUAGAUGGAACUGGUGGCACAUCAAUUUAUGGAGAUACUUUCUACGAUGAGAACUAUACCUUCCGUCAUGAAGGCCCUGGAUACUUAUCAAUGGCAAACAACGGGGUUGAUACCAACUCAUCUCAAUUCUUUAUCACUACUGAAGCAGCUCCAUUUUACGACUACAAAAAUGUAGUAUUCGGAAGAGUCACUGACGGCAUGGACCUUGUUGAAGAGAUCGAAACUUAUGGAAACACCAAUGGAAGCGUCAAUGCUGAUAUAAGAAUCUCAGACUGUGGAGUCUUGAGUGAAUAA